AUGAGCAAGAUUGAAUUCGCCGAGCUUGAGACCCUGCCGCCACCGACCAUGUAUGAUGAGUAUUCGGUAACUAGCGCCCUGGUCGAUUCUAUGAUCGCUCUGGGAGUACAGAAUAGCCAUGUCACUGGCCUUGCUGGGCGUAUAUUGGGUCUCCAGCAGUCGUCCUACCCCGCAGCCCUCCCACCGGAAGCUGCUUGGCCCGGUUUUGAAUAUUUCCACCGCUCCCUUCUCAUGGUCCUCUACCUCUUGAAGGGGAACGCUUUCCGUGACGCAUACAACCUGCUUGGCAUCACUGUCCGCAAGGCCUACAUUUCUAAACUCCAUUGA